CACUUCCGCCACCACUGACGCAAUAUCCGGUGGUGCAGCAGCCAUUUUGUCUGUUCGGGCACGUCUACUCCGACGUUUAACAAACUGCCGUUCCACCUUGAGAAAUAUUCCGAAAAAUAGUCACGAUGCCUUUGUUUAAAGUUUUAUGUUAGCAUAAUCUGAUAAUAUAAUAAUUCCGGGUCCGGAGAGGGGCGAUAAAAGCCAAAGUUAGCACGGUCCGCAUAGAAACAUGUCGUGUGAAGAAAGCUACUUGGCCAUCAUUCGUUAUCUGACGGAUGAGCACGAACCUUACGCCCCGGGCACUCCGGGCAACACCAAGAGGAAGAUCCGCAAGGCGGCGGCCUGCUAUGUGGUGCGGGACGGGACUUUGUUCUACCAACGUCGGCGGAAGGGCCAGGAUGCAUUCGCGGAGCUGGAAGUGGUGCUGCAGGACAGCCGCAGGAAGGAACUGAUCAACCAGUCGCACAUCCUCGAAGGAGGGGAGCAUCUCAACCAGCAGCUCACCUGGGAGUCCAUCUCUCAGAAGUACUGGUGGAGAGGUAUCCUGAAGCAUGUGAAGGACUACAUCCGAGAGUGCGGUGACUGCGUGCAUCGGCGCAGCACAGAUGAAGGACCAGGGCGGGGAAUGUUUGGCCGCCCAACAAAGCGCAAGGUCGCCGAUGAGGACGGGGAGGAAGAAGAAGAAGAAGACUUCGAUGAUGGCCUGUUUUUUAUGGACCCGGCCGAUCAGCACAGAUCCAAGCUGACAAAGAAGCAGGAGCUGGUCUUUGUGAACAGCACAGGUGAGGUGAGUCAGUUCCUGUCCCAACAUGGACAAACGGUGUUGGCCAAGCUCAACCAGCAGCGUCUCGACAAUAAAUUCUGUGACAUCACGCUGCUCAUCGAGGGCGAGGAGUACAGAGCGCACAAAGCCGUGAUGGCGGCGUGCAGUGAGUACUUCAAUGAGCUCUUCUUUGAGAAAGGUGCCGCCACCACACAUGAAGCCGUGGUGGACCUUGCCGGUUUCACCAAAGACAGCUUCCUGCCGCUGCUAGACUUCGCCUACACGUCCACGCUCACCUUCAACUUCAGCAUCAUGGCGGAGAUCGCCAACCUGGCUCGCCACCUCCUGAUGGCAGAGGUUCUGCAGAUCUGCGAGCUGGUACACAAGCAGGUAGAGGAGCGGCAGCUGAAACUGUACAAGAGAAGGGACGUCCACGCCACGGUGGCGUCUCCUCAAGACGCUAAGGAUGCAGGCGGCGCUUACACGGUCACCAUUCAGAGCGAUGGCAGCGCCGUUGUCACCCACACGGGACUUGCUGUGGCUGGCGAGCCGUUCACCAUUGUGACGCCUGCCAGCACAGAGGAGCCUGUGGCCGUCACUGCUCACACGGUAGAGGGCGCCACGGUGCUGGAAGGUGAGGGCGGAGAGACACUGACACUAAUUGCGCACGCCAGCCAAGCGGCGCUUAUCCCUCGCGAGGAUGAGGACGGGGAAACCAUGACAGUGGUCACCCACAGCGGACAGUCGGGCAGCAGCGAGUCCUUCUGCCUGGCCAUUGAUCAGCCACAGGCGGCAGUGGCGGAGGCCUUUCUUUUAAACGUGGAGGCGGACCAAGCCAAGCCCUCAGAAGUCACCCCGUCUGCCGUCACCCCACCCGAGGUACACACCCCGGCAGCAGUGGAAGGCUCGGGCACCGAGAUGUUGGCACCAGCACCAGACCAGCUCGCUCCUCCUCCCCAGAAACGUAAACGUGGACGGCCGGCCAAGGUGAGAAAGGAGAUGGAGGUGGAGGUGUAUGUGCCGCAGGAGGAGGAAGACGAGGUGAGAGAAGAAGAGGAGGAACUAUCUGCUGAUGGAGACAAGCCAGAAGCGAUGUCUGACUUAAACAAAAGGCGCCUGCGCCAUCGCUCCAUCGCAGAGGGGGGCUAUGCUCGCUUGCAUAUGGGCCUGGAGGAUGACGAGGAGGGAAAGAAUGUCACAACCCCCCCACCGACCCCCACCCCAAAGGUGGGCCCGAGGUCCGGGAAGAGGGGGCGCCCUCCAAAGCAGCCGGUGGAGAACUCAGCAGAAGAACAUCCCGAUUCUGUGGCGGCACCAGAAUCCGAGAGCACUCUGGUUGAGGGUGUGUGCUCGGAUGAGGCUGCCGGCAAGUCGACGGAACCAGAGGUUGCGCAAGACGAGCAGGACAAGGCCCCGACAGACGGCGGCGGGGAGACAGUGUACACUUGCGUCGAGUGCGGCGUGUCGUUCCCUCGACGCUACGCUCUCAUCAUGCACGCCAUGAAGCACGACAAAGCGCGAGGAUACAAGUGCAGUCUGUGCAACAAAGACUUCCAGUACGCCACCUCGCUGCGAGCCCACCUGGCCCGCCACAAGCAGAAGAACACCCAGCGAACGGUCAGCGCCGCUAAAGCGUCGGCCGAGGAGUGCGACAACCUGAGUGAAAAGACCUUGCAGCCACGCAGCACGCGCAAGUUUGUGUGCGACAUCUGCGGCAAGACCCUGCCGAGGCUCUACUCGCUCAACCUGCACAUGCUGCAGCACACGGGCGUGCGGCCGCACUCGUGCAAGGUGUGCGGCAAGACCUUCGCCCACAAGUACAACCUGAAGAUGCACCGCGUGCUGCACGACGUCACCAAGCAGUUCCAGUGUCAGUACUGCAACAAGUCCUUUGUCAGCAAGCGCAGCAUGGAGGAGCACACGAGCCUGCACACAGGUGAGUCCAAGUACCUGUGCAACACAUGCGGAGCAACGUUCCACCGAGCCUCUGCGCUGUGCAAACACCUCAAGAAGCACAAACCCAAACCAGAUGUCCGCGCCUUCGCUUGUUCCCAUUGCGAGAAGCGCUUCUUCGAGGCCAAAGACCUGCAGCAGCACAUGAACAAGCACUUGGACCUCAAGCCCUUCCAGUGCCAGGUGUGCGGCAAGUGCUACAGCUGGAAGAAGGACUGGUACUCUCACGUCAAGUCGCACAGCGUGGUGGAGCCCUACAAGUGUAAUGUGUGCGGGAAGGAGUUCCUGGAGAAGGCGCUCUUCAGGAGGCACGUCAAGAAGGCCACGCACGGCAAGAAGGGCCGCGUCAAGCAGAACCUGGAGCGCCAGUGCGAGCAUUGCGGCAGGAAGUUUGCCCAGCUCAGGGAGUACAGACGCCACAUGAACACCCACCAAGGUAUAAAGCCGUUUGAGUGCGUGACAUGCGGCGUGGCGUGGGCUGACGCCCGCUCCCUCAAGCGCCACGUGCGGACGCACACAGGCGAGCGUCCGUACGUGUGCCCGAUCUGCCAGGAGGGCCACAUCGAUGCCCGCACGCUGCGCCGCCACAUGACCAAGCACCACGUGGACAGCCUGCCGGGCAAGAUCAUGCUGGAGAAGGACACGCUGCAGUUCCACAACCAGGGCACGCAGGUGGAGCACGCCGUCAGCAUCCUGCCGUCUGAUCUGCCGCCGGAGCUGCGCCUCGCGCAGCCGUCACCCUCCGAGGAGAUCGAGACUGUUCUCAUCACGGAGGAGACGGUGGAGGCCAUGGAUGCCGUGGAGGCGGUGCAGGUGGCCGACGGUUCGGUGGCGACGCUGUCCGAUCACGGCAUCAUGCAGGUGGUCAACUACGUGCUGGCGCAGCAGGCCAUCACUGCCGUCAAGCUGGAGGACGCGCCCGAGGCCGUUCAGACCAUGGAAGUGGAGUAAAGUUGACUUGCUAACAAUCAUGUGUACAUAGUGUUAUUAAAAGUGAACUUCAAAGAAUGACUUUUGCACUCAGGUGAAAUAUUUGUAGGAAGUCGAGACUCCUGACUUUGACGGCUUCAACGAUGAGCGAAUAAAAGCAACACUGACACAUCUUGUUUUUGGCUGUUUGCUCACGGCAGGCUCACUGCAAGGUGAAAGGUCGACUGUGUUGGAGCUGUACGUGUAACGCUCACUGGACACUUCAUUCGGUACACUGAAAUUCUGCCUCAACCAAGAAAGGUACACUUUGAAAAUGUUUGCUUUUGUUGUGGCUGCAUUUACAGUACAUGCGCUGAUUUUAAAGGGUCAGAAUAUUAGAAACAGACUUUUUAUAGAGCAGCCUUGUAGCGGGUGUCCCCAAUUUCGUGUCUUGUCUGUGGAUGAAACAAAGAGAAGAACUUUUGUAAAACUGUAAUGGAAAUUUUGAAUGUGGCUAACAUUGGCCUGACAUUUUUUUUACCAACUUGGUGGCUUAACAUUUUUUAAAACUAUUUAAUCUGGGGAAUACGCCAUCAAUAUGGAAAUGUUAUCCUUGUACCGCACUUGACAUUUUGCAUAUCACAUUGAUAUUUUGCAUAUCAAAGAAAUAAAAAUGCUAACAAAUUAAUA